AUGUCCUUCGAGAAGAACCCCGUCCUCGCACCGCCAGAGCCGGCGCUGCUCUCGCCGCAGCCUCGUCUCACCCAACCUCGUCCCAUCGCGCCCAUGUCCUACAUGUCCUCGCCGGAGGAGCAGGCGCUCGCCCUACGCGGCGGCAGGAAGGGUGACUGUUCGGCCAUAUCUCUACCUUUCUUCUUCUUCUUCUUCUUCUUCUUCUUCUUCUUCUUCUUCUUCUUCUUCUUCUCUUCUUCGACCCUUUAG